UAUUUGAGUUGUGGUGUUGUUGCCAAACACACAGUUCUACCACAGCAAGUUUCAGAAGUGCAUCAACUGAAUUUAGAAUUAGUGUGUGAAUGUUUGAUGACAUGGAAAUUUGGUCAACACAUUUAUGUUCUUGAAUAUCACGAUUUGUGAAGAUAUAACGAAACGGUGUACUUAAAAGAAUUGAGAGAGACAGAGAGAGAGAGAGAGACAGAGAUUUGAUGGAUUAUUAUCAAGUAAGAUUGAACAGAAAGGAACAAAACAUUAAUCUAAUCAUAAUGGAUUAGAAUAUUAUUGCCAUAAAAACAACAUUUGCUUCAUUUUCCCCUUCUUUUGAGAGAAUGCAAAAUUAAAAGUCAUUAUCAAUAAAAUUUUCAACUAACGCGGCUUUGCAAAUUAUGUUUCAUCAUCAUUCGUGGACACACAAAAUAUCUUAUCGCCAAAACAUUUGACCAAUUGCAUGAAAUACUCGUGAGAACAAAACAAAAUAAAGAAUAGAAAAAUCAACCAAGUCACAAACAUGUACAUAAAAUGGUUUUUAAAAUCGUGGCUACGCCUGUGCUUAGUGUUAAUAGCCACAACAAUAAAUUGUAGUACCUCAACUUCAGCUAAUUUUCAAAAUAGUGUCAACGAUAUUAUUCAUAGUAAAGCCCAAUUUAGCAGUGUGAUAUCACAUAGUGAUCCGUAUGGUAGCCUAAGUUACAGUCCAAUUCAAAAUGAAUUACACGAACGGCAUCGAAGAGGAGCCAUCGUUCAGGCAUCACUACGGCUGAUCGACGAAAAACAAUGCCCGGAAAUACGAACAUUGUGCACAAGACUGCCCGAUGGGACCGACGAUUUGCCGGUGCUGGAAUGCGUUCAAAAAUUUUUAUCCAAUCAAAUUGAGAGCCUAAGCGAUGAGUGCCAACACGCAAUUUGGACGCAUACAGCAAAUAUGAUGGACGAUGCAACGGUGUUGAAAAUCUUACAAAAGCCAUGCCAAACCGCUUUAAGUUCGAUGAGUCUCCAAACCACCGAUAAGGUCGGCAAUGUACUUGGAAAAUUAAUCGACAAAAAGGAUGAGAUCAAGCAACCGGCCUGUGUGAAUUUGAUUGGUCGCCUCGAAGCCGUUGCGUUCUCUGACUUUCGAUUUGUAUCGCCGUUUGUACGUGAUUGUUCCAACGAUAUCGAAAUAAAUUCCUGUGGUCGCUUCCAUUUGGAUCGAAAUGUGUUGUCCCAAGGUGAAACAUUGGCCUGUUUGCAAACGCACAUCGAAACAUUGAGCGAGGAGUGCAAGAAGGGGAUCAUGCAUCUGUCUGAGCUUCAAGCUGAAAAUGUCAAAUUGGAUCGGCCAUUAUUCGCGGCAUGCGGUGAAGAUGUGGUUCGUUUGUGUGCCGAGGUUCGUCCAGCUCAAAUCUACAAAUGUUUAUUACUGCACAAAAACGAUGCGAUGAUGAGCAAUGGCUGUCAAGAGCAAUUGUCUCGCCGUUAUAAGAUAAUUGCGCACGAUUACAAGGUGAGCAAAGGUUUGGCGCGCUCGUGCAAAGAAGAUAUCAAAAUCAACCAUUGUCGCCGUGGGGUCUCAGUCGACAAAGAUGUGAGGCUUGCACAGAUUCUACUGUGCCUGGAAGCAGCAGAAAAAAAUAAUACCAAAAUCUCACCCGACUGCCGAAUCGAAAUUUUUGAUCAUCGUAAGUUAUUGAUGGAAGAUUAUCAAAUGUCGCCCGAAAUUCUGAGCGAUUGUGCUGAUGAUAUAACAAAAUUUUGCAACGACCUUGAAGCCGGCGGCGGUAAAACAAUUCACUGUUUGAUGGAAAGUGCAAGACCCAAGCGGAAGAAGGAUCGACGCGUUACGGCACGAUGUCAACGAGCUUUGGAAAUGCUUAUGAAAGUGACCGACAUUGGUGAUGAUUGGCGAGUUGAUCCAAUCCUUCGCAAAGCGUGCAAGCCAGUUGUUGAUCUGGCUUGUUCGGACACGGAGGGUGGUGAUGCACGAGUUAUGUCAUGCUUGAGAGACAAAAUCGGUACAAAAUACAUGAAACCUGACUGUGAAAUCGCAUUGAAGCAAAUUAACUACUUUGUCACUCGAAACUUCAAACUGGACCCGCAACUGUAUCGUAAUUGCAAAGAAGAUGCCGUUAAAAUUUGUCAUGCAAAACAAAGCUGGGCCGAUGUGAACACCGAUCAAAUGGAUCCGGAUCGUGAACCAAUGAUUCUACCGUGUCUGUAUCGAUAUGCCUACAGUUCAGACAAGAAUCAAGACAAGAAAAUACAACUGAAGCCAGCUUGUUUGCAGGAAUUGAAAUUCACAAUGCGACGAAGAGCAAUUUCGGUCGAGCUAAUUCCAGAGGUGGAAGAUGCCUGCAUCGAUGAUUGGAAAUCGAGCGAGGAAAUGCAAUGUUUACAAGAUAAUUUGGGCAAAUUGCAAUCGGAUUGUAAAAAGGCUGUAUCGGAGUUCACGGAAAACGAAGCGGGUGAUAUCGAACUGAAUCCAAUCAUUAUGACAUACUGUCGCUUGCAAAUGGAAAGAUACUGCGAAAAGGAGAGCCAUGAAAAUGGUGACAUGAUGGAAUGUUUGAUUUCACAUAAAAACGAACCAGAUAUACGUCAGAAUUUAAAAUGCCGCGCAGCAUUAGAGCACUAUCAAAUACUUUCGUUGCAGAACUAUCAUUUUAGCUACAAAUUCAAGGAGGCUUGUCGUCCGUACGUAAUUCGAUAUUGUCCGAGUAGCAACACAAAGGGUGAGGUGGUCGCUUGUUUAAGCGAGGUGGUUCGAAAUGACACAUUAAAGAGCCAACGACAUUCGGUUCCAAAAGAAUGUCGACAGCAAAUCCGAGCCCAACUAUUUCAGCAACGUGAAUCGAUCGAUUUUGAUCCGAAACUGAAGAAUGCCUGCCGAAUUGAGAUCAAGGAAAUUUGUGGAGAUGUUCCACAUGGUGCAGGGCAGGUGUUAGAAUGUUUGCAAACCAAUUCACCGAGACUGGGUAGCGAUUGUCGCCACAUCAUUUUCAGCAUCAAACGAUCUGAACUGACGGACAGCUCAACGGAUUACACAUUGAUGAAUACCUGUCGUGAUAUGAUUCGACAAUAUUGUCACGAUACAGAAAAGCCCAAAGUAUUGGAUUGUCUCAAGGUGCAUAAGGAUGAAAUGUUAUUCGAUAACAAUUGCCAUCUAGUGAUUGUCAAUCGUAUGAUUGAACAAAACACCGACUAUCGUUUCAAUCCUUUGCUAAUGGAGUCAUGCAAGAAGAACAUAGCCGAGUAUUGCACGGACGUCGUAGCCAAAGCUAAGCAAAAUGAGGAGCUCAACGGGAUAGUUGUCGAGUGUUUGAAGAAAAAAUUCCGAGAAGGAAAACUAGCAGCGUUAUGUGAACAAAGAAUGGGUGAAGUUCUGAAAGAGCAAGCAUUAAAUUAUAAGCUUAACCCACUCCUACAAACCGUUUGCAAGCCCGAGAUUUAAAUCCUUUGUAAGCCGGGCGAGGGUGUGAUAGAUGAGCGGGGUGAAGUGGAGGAAUGCCUUAAAGAGGCGUUUCGGCUUGGCCGAAUCAUUUCACAAGAGUGCAAGUUUGAAGUUGCAUUACUUAUUCAAGAGGCAAAGGCAGACAUACAUGUUGAUCCAUUGCUGCAACGUGCAUGCACAGUGGACCUUCUCAAAUAUUGUAAUAUGGUCUCCUCUGGAAACGGACGACAACUUCGUUGUUUGCAGACGAUCUUAAGUGAUCAGUCGAAAGCAUUAGAACCGGAUUGCAAAAACAAACUGGAGAAACGCAUGGAAAUGUUUAGAAACGCUGAAAUGCUUGUGCAGCGGGCUCCGGAUGAUUUAGGUGAAUUAGUCUCUCAGGUCGUAACAUCACCGUCGAAAAAGUACUUUUUACUUGUAUUGAUGACGUUCAUUGGUGUCAUUUUUAUAAUCGGAUUAUUCUGUGGACGUAUCACACGUCGCACAAUAGAUUUAAAGAACAAAUAAUUUGCUACUCACCUCCACACUUUUCAAUUGAUAUUACUGGUGAAUUUUUCAGUGCAAAAUGUUUUCACACACACAAACACAUAUGAAAAGACAAGAGCAACAAAUUUUCACACAUUUCUAUAGAAAUAAUAUAUAAUUACCAUGGCAGCAUAGGAUGGAUGCAAAAUCAGAUUUUAUUUAGUUCAGUGUGAAAGCAGAAAUGAGAUGAAAAUGUUUUUAAUCCACAAACGAGUUGAAGAACUAAUGAUUGUAUGUAUAUAUGGAUUAAGCAGCUAUUUUUUCCCCAGAACCCUAUUUACAAAUUCUUCUUCAAAGCUAGUGAAAUAAGGCAUCUUAUGAAAAGACAAGGCAGUGGAUAAAAGAAAGGCAGCUAAAGGAAAUGAUAGAAAGAGAGAGUAGGGCAGCACAUUGUUCGUGUGAGUGAAUCGAUUUGAACCCAAACCCAGUGUUUAUCCAUUUUUAUGACAUGUUUUACCAAAAUUUGUUAUUGUGUUUGAAUCUUUUACUAUCAUAUCGAAAACGACGAUUUUUGUACAUUUAGAUUGUAGAACGAAAGAGCCUUAAUCUGUUUUUGACUGCACAACUUGUGUCAAUUCAACAAUUUUUUUUUUCGAAAUAAAAUCAACAAAUGAACUCCCAUUUCUCAAUGAAUGAA